AUGGAUUUCCUUAAAUCGGCCGUCGCGUCUGCAAUCGCCAAAAGCAGCUCAUUUCCUUAUACGCUUGGGGAUAGGGUGGACAUUUCCGACUCGAUCUGGACGCUUCAUAAUGCUACAAAACGGGAAGACAGUUCCUCAUGCAGUAUCUUUACCUUCGAAAUAGCCGCCAAUAAGUCCCGCCUACCACUGGCGAAGAAUGCGGUCCGAAAAUCACGAACCUUGAGACAUCCGGGGGUAAUAAAGGUUUUGGAUACGAUUGAGACAGAGAGCACCAUCUAUAUUGUGACCGAACGGGUGGUUCCCCUUUCCUGGCAUGUGAAGCGCAGAAGUCUAAGCGAGGAGACAUCUAAAUGGGGUUUAUACACAGUAGCGUCUACGCUCAAGUUCAUUAACGGGGAUGCCUCCUCCGUCCACGGUGCUGUGAGAGCUUCGUCGGUCUUCACAAGUGAAAGUGGCGAAUGGAAGUUGGGAGGGUUUGAUAUCUUGAGUUCAAUGAAUGAUGAUCAGGCGGUUAUAUAUACCUAUGGCAGCCUCGUACCGGACGCUGCGAGAUAUACCCCCCCGGAGGUUGUUAAAGGCGGGUGGGACGCAAUUAAGCGGAACCCGCUGACAGCUAUUGACUCCUACGGCCUCGGAAUUUUGAUUUUCGAAGUAUUCAAUGGCAACUUUUCUGGAGGAGACCAAUUAGGCAAACCCACCAAUAUCCCGCCCACGAUGCAGCAGAGCUAUAAACGUCUUCACACAGCUAACCCCAAAAUACGAUUGAGUCCUGCUCAUUUCGUCGAGCAAGGGAAAAAGACUGGUGGCUUUUUUGAGACACCACUUAUCCGUUUGACAGACGAUAUCGAUAGUCUAGGUCUCAAAAGUGAUGCGGAGCGGGAGGAAUUUCUCAAUGAGCUCGAUGGGCUGUCGGAAGACUUCCCAGAAGAUUUCUUCAAGAUGAAGGUGCUCCCAGAGCUGUUAAAGUCGGUUGAGUUUGGAGGAGGUGGCCCAAAGGUCCUAUCGGCCCUUCUAAAGAUAGGGGCAAAGCUGUCCCAGGACGAGUUUAAUGCUAAACUUACACCGGUUGUUGUUCGCCUCUUCGGAAACCCUGAUCGCGCGAUCCGAGUUUGUCUCCUAGAUCACUUGCCGAUGAUGAUCGAUAAUCUCCCCCAGAAGAUCGUGAAUGACAAGAUCUUCCCUCAGAUUACCUCUGGAUUCACAGAUGUUGCGCCAGUUGUUCGCGAACAGACGGUUAAGGCAGUAUUGCCUGUGAUCAACAAGCUCUCAGACCGAACUAUCAAUGGCGAGCUGCUCAGGUUCCUGGCGCGAACUGCCAAUGAUGACCAACCAGGUAUCCGUACUAAUACUACGAUUUGCUUGGGAAAGAUCGCCAAAAACCUAGGACAGGGCUCGCGAUCCAAAGUUCUCAUCGCAGCUUUCACUCGAGCCCUUCGGGAUCCGUUCGUCCAUGCUCGGAACGCUGGCUUACUGGCGUUGUCCGCAACGAUGGAGUGCUUCACCGAAGAUGAUUGCGCUACAAAGGUUCUUCCAGCCAUUUGCCCUUCUCUUCUUGACCGGGAAAAGUUGAUAAGAGAUCAAGCCAACAAGACUCUCGACUUAUAUAUCCAGCGCGUACGGAAGUUUGGUAGUAACAUGCCCGAUACAGUCCUGCCAGCAGCAACCAGUCCAGAUGCUCCCAAGGAGACCGCUCGUAUCGGAACAUCUAACGAUAAAUCCUGGGCAGGAUGGGCGAUUUCCUCGUUCACUAACAAGAUAACCGCAGCAAACGGCGAGAUUGAGCCUUCUGCCAACACCACAAAACCCGUUGAGGCGGAACCCGUACGCUCUGCAUCUGUACCUCGCCCAACAAAACCAUCUUCCCCAGUACCCUCUAGCCAAGCCAAGGAAAAGCUACGCCCUACGGCCCAGACUUUGAACCGGUCCUUAUCCGAACAGCCUUCACCAGUGCACAAGGAAGAACCAGUAGACGAUGGCUUCGAUGCAUGGGGCGCUAUGGAUGGCGAAGAAGGCGAUGAUUGGCAGAACGACGACGAUCCUUUUAACGUUGCGUCUCCCUCUUCGUCCGCAGCUUCUACUUCCAAGCCUAAAGCAGCCCCUGCCCCGUACGAUGAUGGCGGAGAACCGGACUUUGCAGGAUGGCUUGCUGCGCAGUCGAAGGCAAAGAAACCUUUGCCUAGGGGCUUGAACAAAUCUCAUUCUACCACAAUCUCGCGAACUUCCAGUCCCAGUAGUACAGCAAAGCCCAAGGUCGUUGUCGCACCAGCAAAGAAGAUUGACACGAAACCUAAAGAUGCGGACGAGGAUGAUGGAUGGGGGGAUGCAUGGGACUAGUAUGAAUGAGUUCUAAAGUCCUGCAUGUUCCUGCCUAUUUCUUUAUCGUCAGUUCCUCCUUUAUGGCCCAGCAUUCAUUCGGCUUCGGAGUUCGGGGGCCGUAGGAAGACUUGGAUUCCUCGUUCGAUACCAUCAUCAUCAUCAUCAUCAUCAUGCACAUGAAUAGGAUAGAAUUUUGAACAUCAACAAAAAUGAAGUGUAUAUAUGUAAUGG